GCUAAAUUGGAGAAGAGCCCACGUGGUGCAACCAUAAUGUUGUCUUCUCGGCUUUUGCCGGGUCUGGGCAGAGUUCCCGGGCCUCUCCAGUGGAACCAGGUCCGUGGGAGUAAGCAGAAGUUCGGGGGAGCCACCAGGGACCCGUUCAAGUCGUUGCAGAGAAAGCUGGGUCGAGAACAGCAGCGAAAACACGCCAAGGUCCCGCUCAUGAGCGAGGAGAGAUCCCAGAUACGGAGAUUGGCGCCCAUAACUACAACCAGCCUAGGACAAUUGGUUGCUACCUACGCUCCAUUUGAAAAGUUUGCAAGAGCUCCAUUUUACACUAGGGCGUGGUUGAGUCAGAGACGAAAGGCUUUCACAGAGAGCGUUGGGACCAUCUACUCGUGAGUUGCGUGCCGUCCGAGUUAUUUCAGGGUACAGUAGUGGUGUUGUGAAGGUUGGCCAUUAUACGGAGGAGGCUGCGGAAAAUGGAUCCAUUUCGACCGGUGGAGUUUGCCAAGUCUGCUCAGCAACAGCUCAUCGAUACAAAUGCUGCGCUACGAGACAAGGAUAAACGCAGGCUUCGGGCCUUGUUGACCGAAAACGCAGUUGAGGUAUGGAAGAGAGCCUAAAUAUUGUAUUAUUACUCCCGCUAUAGUCCCUGAAAGAAGAGGUGGAGCAUCGGCAAUUUGUGUGGAAGUUUCUGGAACAAAUUGAGCGGCCCCGAGUCGUCAAUGCCAAAAUCAUCCCCAUGGAGAGCAAGGAAAACUACUUUGCACAAGUCGUCGUGCGAUUACAUUCCUCACAGGUUAUGGUGGUUUAUAAUGCUGUUGGUCAUAUUCUGAGAGGCCACCCAAGCAAGCCCAAUAGAGUGAUAGACUAUGUGGUAAUGGAGCGACAUCUGGAGACCAUGGGCAGUGGACUCGGAUGGAGGAUAGCGGGGAAGCUUCCACCACAAAUCCCAUGGAAAAAGGCUUUGCCAACAACGUCAGACAAGCCUCAAGGGGCCCUGCCCACUGCAUGACAAGACUCCACCAUGUUUAAUUUGUGUGUAUAUUAUGUUUUGUGAUGUCAGAGGUAUGUAUGUAUAAGGUGCAGCGGAAAAUUAAAGAUACCCGAGCUUUGAUUGAGGCGUGUAUACCGCGCGUGCGGUUAGGUUUCCGAAUAAAGACGGCGCGUGCGAGGAAUUUGCCGUUCGUUCGCCGAGCUAAGUGAGAGACUAUGCGAGUCAAAAUACCAGGAAGGUGCUUCUCACUCCGCUCCGUGUUGAGAGACUCUCUGAUGCUGCUGGCCGGAACAGUGAUGGGGAUACUACUGAGCCGGGCGAUAUUCGAUGUCCGCGGAUCCCCGACCUCGCGUCAACUUGCCCUCAGCAAGCGACUCACGGCCCUUCCGGACACGUACACUACUGCUGCCGUCAGACUAGCAAUAACCGCUGCCUCCAUCCCUGAUAACGAAUCCUCUUCGGAGCUGUGGAUUCAGGAAGAAGAGGCAACCAAAGUUGUUUUAGGCUCGGCCGGGGCAGGCCCGCCGGUAGUAAACAGCGCACUGGUGCAUCAGCAGCGAGCGAGAACGGCCGGGGGGAAAGACGUUAUCUCCAUGCAGAAGCGACCGAAGACGCUCGCGGAAGAGCUCGGUGGGAACAUGAAGCGCCCGCUGUUUGUGGGUGUCGUUACUUCCAAAAAGCUGCUGCCGACUAGAGGUGUAGCUAUCAACAAGACAUGGGGCCAGACGCUAGGACAAAACAUUCGCUUCUUCUCCUCUGCAAACACGCACCCCCUGCCAAACUUACCAGUGGUGUCUCUACCUGGGACAGACGACACCUACCCGCCUCAGAAGAAGGUCUACCGCAUGUUGAAAUACAUGUACGACCACUUCAUAAACCAGUACAACUGGUUUAUGAGGGCUGACGACGACCUUUACGUCAGGGUCGGUCCCCUAGUGGAAUUCCUAUCGACUCUCGACCCGUCCACGGAUCUGUAUAUCGGGCAACCGGGCAUCGGGAAACCGGACGACUGGGAACGAAUACAACUCUACCCCAACGAGCACUACUGCAUGGGUGGUCCGGGUGUGGUUCUGAGUAGGUCCCUGCUCGUUAAACUGGCCCCGCAUCUCGAAGAGUGUCUCGGUAACGUGGUGGUGUCGUGGAAUGAAGAUUUGGAGGUGGGACGGUGCAUCAUGAGGAGACUGGCCAUCCAGUGCACCUGGAGUUAUGAGCUGAAAGACAAAUUCUACCAAGAUUACUCGAUGGGAGAAAUAUUCAACUCCAGCGACGUCUACCACAACCAGAAACUCCAGAACAUCCUGACCCUUCAUCCGCUGAAAUCCCCUCGACUCAUGUACAGAGUCCACCAGUUUUUCCUCGAACUUGCACUCAGUCGCGCAGAGUCAAAAGCAGAACACGUACACUGGGACUUGGAGAAGAUUUCGGCUCUUACAGGCAAAGGCCACGCCUUCUCCUAGCCCUGCUUUCUUGUCUGUUUCACCACCACUCUCUCUCAUUUCCAUCUCUUAGAGUCUUUUUCACAAAAUACAUGUAUCAUAGUUCAUUUUAAAGCUCCAUCUUACUCCUAUUUACAGGUAGGUCUUUGUGUUAUUGUUAUUUUAACUCUUUCCGUUUCCUCAUGCAAUUUGUGGGUAUAGUGCAGACUUUCAUUAUCAGCUUGCCACUUCACCCACCACUGUGGUUUCUCACCGUUUCUUUCAACUAAACACGAACCAAUCACAUCAUAAUUAUAGUCGAAAGACUUAAAAACGAAGGAUGAGGUGAUAAAAUGUGAGCGAGAGGGUUUCAUGGAUACAAACAGUUCACCUAGCUAUGGCUGGAAUGUAGUACUGAAGUGACGCAUGUUCGUGGAGUAAAAAUAUUUGAAGACCUUUGCCGUCGGUAAUGUCUGUGGUGAGUGAUACAUUGCACAUUGAUCACCCACAGAAAUUAGGGGAGUGGGAGGCUGUGCUAUAGCUCAACAGUAUUAUAGUGAUUGGUACAAAGGAACUUAUAUGGACAUCAGAGCCAUUAGUUACGUACAGGUCUUGGCUGUGGGAUUGUGUACUGCCUAUAAUAUAAUAUACCUCCUGGAGAAUACUAGGAGGGGCAACUCACUAGCAG